AGUUCCUCAGCUCGGGUGGCUCUGGUGGAGUCUGCGCGAUGGGCGACCCGGAAAGGCCGGAAGCGGCCAGGCCGGAGAAGGGUGAGGUAAAUGUCGCAGUCGCUUCAUCCUCCACCCCUGGGUCACGCCCGGACUUUAGGUUGCUGCGAGUCAGUCGCAGGUCCGCUGUAGAGUAGUAUUUUAUUCGUCGCCGUCAGAAACACUGUGCAGGCCGAAAGGAAGCGCCCUCACCUCAGGCUAGUGUUGGGGAGUCGGGAAGGGCGAGCAUGGACGCUGUGCUGCUCUGCUCAGGGCGGAGCAGGAACACUCAGGUCCCGGCUGAGGAAGUCUCCGUGUCCCCUUGUUCUCCAACCUCUGCUCUCCAGUCUUUCUUUUCUUGUCGGGAGCCCUGGCGGGUGAAAAAGGGCUGUGACGGAUCUACGCAAGAGAGGUGAACCAUCAGAUGCAGUUGAGGAACUCGUGUGGAAACUGAUGCAGCAAUUGUGUUCGGAGACAGAAGAAAAUGUGGUGAGGUCAAAUGAAGAGCCACUCCUAAGAAAGAGUUCCCGACGGUUCGUCAUCUUUCCAAUCCAGUAUCCUGAUAUCUGGAGAAUGUACAAGCAAGCACAGGCAUCUUUCUGGACAGCAGAGGAGGUUGACUUGUCAAAGGACCUCCCUCACUGGAACAAGCUUAAAUCCGACGAGAAGUAUUUUAUCUCCCACAUCUUAGCCUUUUUUGCAGCCAGUGAUGGAAUUGUAAAUGAAAACUUGGUGGAGCGUUUUAGUCAGGAGGUGCAGGUUCCAGAGGCUCGCUGCUUCUAUGGCUUUCAGAUUCUCAUCGAGAAUGUUCACUCAGAGAUGUACAGUUUACUAAUAGACACUUACAUCAGAGAUCCAAAGAAAAGGGAAUUUUUAUUUAAUGCAAUUGAAACAAUGCCAUAUGUUAAGAAAAAAGCGGACUGGGCUCUGCGCUGGAUAGCAGAUAGGAAAUCUACUUUUGGGGAAAGAGUGGUGGCCUUUGCUGCUGUGGAAGGAAUUUUCUUCUCUGGAUCAUUUGCUGCAAUAUUCUGGCUAAAGAAGAGAGGCCUCAUGCCUGGACUGACUUUUUCAAAUGAACUGAUCAGCAGGGAUGAAGGACUUCACUGUGACUUUGCCUGCCUGAUGUUUCAGUACUUGGUAAACAAGCCUUCAGAAGAUAGAGUGAGGGAAAUCAUUGCUGAUGCUGUUCAAAUCGAGCAGGAGUUUUUAACAGAAGCCUUGCCUGUUGGCCUCAUUGGAAUGAACUGUGUUUUGAUGAAACAGUACAUUGAGUUUGUAGCUGACAGAUUACUUGGAGAACUUGGAUUCUCAAAGAUUUUUCAGGCAGAAAAUCCCUUUGAUUUUAUGGAGAACAUUUCAUUAGAAGGGAAAACAAAUUUCUUUGAGAAACGAGUUUCUGAGUAUCAGCGAUUUGCAGUCAUGGCCGAAACCACAGAUAAUGUCUUCACCUUGGAUGCAGAUUUCUAAAGCCCUCCUCAUUUAAAAAAAAAAAUCUAUAGAAUUCGGCUGUGGUAGUACAUGCCUUAGUCCAGUCCUCAGAGGAAGCUGAGGGCACGUGGAUCUCUGGGUUUGAGGAUGAUCAGGGAUACAUACUGAGAUCUAUCUCAAAAGCAACAGAACAGCGAAAACAAACAAAACACAUGGAAACCUGUUGUUGGUAAAUAGCAAUCUAUUUUUGUCUUUUUGAAACUUUCAGUAUCUCAUUUAAGGGAAUGAGAAUUUGAAUAGAAGGAAAUAUAAAACUAAAUUCUAAAUGAUUUAAUUUUAUCUAAAUGUACUUCAGUUUAUUUAUACAAUGAAAGUGUGACCAAUAUGUCUUUUUUUUUUCCUUUUUGUCAUAAGCACUUAAGAUGGCAUUAAGAGCAUAGAUUUAGGAGUCAGGUAUGAGCUUGAUAUUCUGGCUUACUCCUUGAUGUGACCUUGGCAAGUCAGUUAGUCACUGUAAACGUCAGGAUAUUUAUCUGUAAAAUUUGUAUAAUAGUAAGUCCCAAGUUCAUGGAGGUGACCAGAGGGCUAAUAUACAGAAAUAGUUUGUUUAUCUAAUACUUUUAUCUCCACUGCCUCACCUGCUAAUUAAUAUUAGUGAGAAGAUCAAGUACAGUGGCGUUGUGAUGCAGUCCACUCCUCGCCAGAGAGUGACUGAGGGGUGGAUUGAGAUAAAGAAUUCAUUGAAUCUUUGUGGUUUUAAUGUUUGCAGGAGGAAUAUAAGGGUCUCCUUAGAGAGAUCAUAAUUCUUGUCAACUGCUUUGAAUUCAUUAAUCUGCAGUAAAGAAAUAAUAUAUAGCUCUUAAUUGCUUAUCGUGGGAGGCUUAUGGAGUAGUAGACUCCAGGUUACCAUGGUUGUGGUUCUUGUAAGCAAAGUGAUUCUUCUUUAGGAAUUAAAAGGAUAACUGUUGCCAGGGACAGCCCAGGGGUGUUUAGAACCUGGAUUGAUGGGCAUUUCUCAAAGUUGUCUUCUCAAACCUGGUAGAUCUUCAGAGUUCUUGUGAUGGAAAAAGAGAUGCAGUCAGUGGGCUUGGGGAAGGCUGAGCAUUCCAUCCCUGCCUAGAAUGCAGUCUGCAAAGCAGCUGCCCACAUGUACACAACACAAGGCUGUCAGCACCUCCCACAGCUACUGAGUGCACUGGGGAAAGCUGUCCUAGAAUCAUUUAUACACACUGGAAAUGGAGAAAAGAAGGGAGGUGGGAGGGACUAGUGAACCAUUUUGGAUUUGUGCCAAUCUGAGAAAGUGAUUUAAGGUUGACGUCAUCUUUAUAUCCUUAUACUCUUAAGUCUCUACACUGUUAUAAAGGAAUGUUCUUUUAAUGGACUGUCUAUAAGGGAGAUGGAAGUCUUUCUAAGAAAGAUGCAGAGAGGCCAGGAGCCAGGACACCUGGGCAAUGUGCCCUUCCUCAUUUUCAGGAAAGUAUCAAGAGGAAGCCUAAACCCCAUCAAACCCGGUCCCUGGCUCAGUAAAGUUCCUGCUACUCAAGUGUGAGGUCCUGAAUCCAGAUCCCUAGCAUAGCACACACGCACACACGUACACAUGCACACACGCACACACCACCUGUACAUGCACACAUAUGCACACACACAGAGUACAAAUAAAAUGAUGGCAGCUGAAAUUCAGAGGUUUAUCUCUGUUGAAGUUUUUAUUCUAUUUGCUCUACAACUAUCUGAUCAAAACUCGGAAUCCUAAAUGAAUGCAAGCCAUACUUCCAUUGUUAAAGGGAGCACCAGAAAUGAAACAUGGCUCUGUGCUUCCCAUUUGUCAUGUUAUCACCCAGUAGCCCUCUAAGCACGACAGAGUAGCUAUUACUAAAACAUGGAGAGAGGAAGGAAGGCAUCAGAGAAGCUGAAAAACUUAACUUUACAGGCACUGUCCUAUAAUAUGUUGAGACUGUUACAUCCUUUAAACUUCAUCCAUCAUGAUUUAUUUUGUCUAUUCUUUCAUUAAUUAAACUAUUGCAUACUACUAUAACAGAGUAUCAAAAUAUCAUAGAACUCGGGGUAUGUGGGUAGUAUAUUCCAAGGUAUUCAUCCACUAUUAUACAAAAACAGCUAAAACUUAAAUUACCACAGACUGAAAGAAAACAGUUUUAAAGGUGUACAUUCUCAAAGUUUUAAACCCGGUUCUUCAUAAGUAGUGACAGGAACCUUUAUGUGAUACAUGUUAAUAGUAGCAAUAAGCAAAACUGUAUUUGAAAGAAGUCUUAAUUCUGAAAAACUGAAUUCUUAGUACACUGUUACAUUACUACUCUCAGUAUUCUGUAUCCCUUCAGUGCCUCCAGGUUGCACAUUUAUUUAUUAUGUUUAGUAUUUUGGUUCUUAGAUAUGGAAAAAUCAAGUUAUAAAAUAUCUUUUUAAUAUCUCACAGAUAACAAAAAAAUCAAGGUAAUGCCAUCUCUCUCUCUCUCUCUCUCUCUCUCUUUUUUUUUACAGUACAUGCGUUUCAAAGAAGUGCAAUUUGUCCUAGAGUUAUGUUUUUAUAUUUCAAGAUGAUAAACAGCUUUGUUAUGACCAUAGUUUAAAUAAAUGUUUCAACACCUAGAAUCAUGAUGUAGAGGAACUUUGGAUGAAUUUUUUGCAGGGCUGAGUUUCAAUAAUUAAGAGUUAUUUUUGUGGAUAGAUCACUCCCAGCCAUAUCUUAUUAUUUGAACCUGUUACAGUUGUUUCAUUUAAAAAUCUCCAGAUUCUAUUUAUGUAGCUACUUUAUUAUGUUUAUUUUCCUUCUUUUAGUUGGUGUCUCAUGUGGUCUGGCCUGGAUCUCACACAUAACCCUCUUGCUUCAGCCUCCCAGUCCCUGGGGUUAUUGGUGUGUGAUGCCAUGCCCAGCUACCACUUUAUGUUCUGUGCAUGAAGAAAUGUAGUGUUCAUAUUUAAAAAUAAUUUAAUAUUCAAAAUUUUGUAUUUUAUAUUUAAAUGUUAUUAUGUCAUUUUCAAAGACUCCAGAUUUUUUUCACAAUUAAGCAAAGACUCCAAUGUCACUUCAUUGAUAUGGAAACUCUUGAUGGGCUACAUUCAGGACAAAUUAGUUCUAAAGUCAAAAAUCAUGUUUUGAAUUCACUGAGGGAGUUGUCACCCAGCUCAGACAGAACUUGGGGCUGGUAAUGAUCAUUUAACUAAAUUACUAAUUAUUUAAACAAGUUUAUUAGACAUGGUGUUCCUAAAUAUAUUUUGUUAAAAUACAUUAUGGUAGUAAAACCAAUUCUGCAUGUAGAGUUUGAGGUUUUUUUGCUCUGAAAAAUUAUGACUUUUAAAAUAAAGUUUACUGAAAUAAA